AUGAGUACAGCGAUUAAGUCUUCUGAUUUCAAUGAUGAUAAUGAUGAUGACAAGCCGACCAAUACUGGCCCAAAGGAUACAUGCCUCUGCCUUCGACGCUUAACCCGCAUUAUACUAAUGCUGGUCGGGGCCGUGAUGACUAUUUACGUGUGUAUAUUAUCCUCGGAGCGCUACUUCAAGUACUGGGUUCAGACCACAAUCGAUCGCACAGAUGUUCACGUGUCAGAGAUUGCCUUUCCAGCCAUCACAAUAUGUCCCACGCACUUAACCCUUCACAGUGUUAAUAACACAGAACAAAAUAGCAGAGAGCAGCGGUUACAUCGACUCUAUAAUCUAGUGCAGAGCAUUCGUUGGCGCAACCCAGCAGUUGACCAGGCCUCACAGCUGGACUUUAACGAAUUCGAAGAGUUUAAUAACCAAACAUUGCUUAAUGUCGAUAGCAUCUUCAACUAUGGUUACAGCUGCAAGGAUCUAUUUGUGCAGUGCAUGUGGCGACGCCGAGAGGUGGAUUGCUGCAGCAUGCUAUUUAGAAACUUGAAGAUCGGCUCCUGCUAUGUAUUCAACUCAAUAAAUGCCGAAGAUCCCGAUCCUACAUGGCCCUGGUCAGUGGCCGAUGCUGGUUUCAAAAGUGCCCUGAAUAUCAAGAUAAAUCGUUAUAUAAAUGACGUUAGGCUGGAGGCCAUUGGGGAGCAAAGCUUAACGCUUUUUUCACGUCAACACGAAGUAUUAACCAUCAACAAAAUUCUUCUAUCCAAGGUGAUCGUUCAAGAGCCAAGUCAGUAUGUGGGCUCCAGUGUCACUUAUUCCUCGGAUGAUCGCAUUGUAGUGGCUCUGCAGCCGAUACAUUUCACAGCCGAGCCAGCCGUGAAGGCACGCCCAGUGCAUAUGCGUUAUUGUUAUUUUACGGAGGAGCUAAUCAAAUCGUAUUCGCAAUGCAUAAUCGAAUGCCAUCUACACUACAUAUCAAAGAAGUGUGAAUGUAGCCAUAGCCUUGUGCCAGAGAGUAUUGAUCUGCUGACGGAGGAGCCGAUCCGCACAUGUACUGUGGCCGACUUGCCGUGCAUGCAAAAGCAUGGAGUGUCGCUGUUUUACAUGGGCAACAUAAUUGAGGAGUCCACAGACAAUGUCUUUAACACCACCGAUUGCAAGUGCUAUCCCAACUGCACUCAUACACAAUAUCAUGCCGCCACAUUCACGGAUCGUCUGAGCAGCAUGGAAAGCAAGAACAACUUUAUAGAGGUUGACGUCUACUUUCAGGAGGAGACACUUUUUUCCUACCGCUCCACACUGCACAUAACAAUGCUUGACUUGAUGGUUUCUUAUGGUGGCAUAGCAGGUUUGUUCCUGGGUCUUUCAGUACUCGGGGCCAUUAAUAGCCUGUUGGAUCGAAUUCCUCAUUGCAGCAAACCCAUACAACAACCCAUUAAAACUGAUCGCGUUGCUCACGAGGCUAACGUUUCUUUACCUGUGAGAAAAACACAUGAUUAAAUAUAAGGAAUAGAGGAAUAUAGAUGAAAUCAGUAAAAAAAAAAGAAGAAUAAAAAGUAAACACCUGGCUGCAUUGUUUUACAAGGGAACUCUUAAGAUUUUAAAUUUCAGCUACCUGCAUCCGCAAUGGAAAAAUUCCAAAUGACUCGACUACAACGAAUAUGAGUGCGCGUUUAUAUUCAACAAAUUGAAUUGAUUGCUCUAGCUUAAAUACCUUAAGAAUCUGUGUGUAGCGCAUUCUGUGCAGUUCAAUAAAAUUUGCUUUGUGUUUGUAUACGCCUGACCCGACAACAAGAUUUCAAUCGAAACCCUCAUGGAGGAGGAUCCAAUGCUCAUCAAGCAGUGUUGGGUUUA